CCGCUCACUCGCUCGAGCUAGGCGAGCUCACCACUAGCUGAUGCACUCGCUCGAGUCGGUCCGCGAGGAGGACGACGACGACCAGCCCUCGUCCACCCAGCAGCAGCGCAGCACCGCACACGCUCGGCACCACUCGCGCAUCCACGAGCGCAACCUCAGCGCCUUCUUCCCGCGCCCAGGAGGCGAGCCCGCCCAGGGCUACGGCGACACCUACGUCGACCCGCACUCGGACCCGAGCGCGCACCCCGCCCCCGCCGCUGUCGCCGACAUCCCCUCGUCGUCGUCGUCGUCGUCGUCGACGACUCGGACGCCCGUCGUGUCGCCGCCCAAGACGCGACGAGGGCACCACCACCGUCACUGGGUGUCGCACAACCUCUUCCCCUUACUCGACCCGGCCACCACCACCACCACCGCCGCCCCUCCUCCUCCUCCCGGCAGCAGCACCCGGCGGCCGCACGACGACCACCAGCUCCCCUCGCCCACCUCGUCCUUCCGGCACCG